AUGGAGCAGCAGCAGCAGCAGCCCCAGCAGCCCCAGCAGCAGCCGCCUGCUGGCGGCGUCCCAGGCCCUGCCGGCCGCCGGCUUCACAUUGCGCACAGGAGAAGCCCCUCCGAGCUGACUCCGUUGAUGAGCAUGUUUGCCAACCCGGGCAUGGAACAGCUAGCCAUCCAGCAGCAGAUCGAGCUGUUGCAGCAACAGCAGCAACAGAUCCAAGCUACUCAGCAACAAUACAUGAAUAUGGGAAUGAUGCCCCCCACGCAACAGCUCGGCCCAGGUGGUGCUUUCAACCCCCUGCAGCCGGGAUUGGCGCCGCAGGGCGCCUUCCAGUUCCCUCAACAGCUUCCGCAGCAGAAUGUAUCCUUGGGCGGUCCUCCGACUCAGCCCAUGUCACAUCGCCGUAAUCAGUCGGCACUUCCCAACAUGGGAAUGGGACCCCCUCCCGCUCCCUCCUCAGGUGCUUCCGGCUCAAACUAUAACAAUGACGCUCCCGGUGGCGCCCCCGGCGGGAGAGAAAACGCUGGUGGUCGCGGAGGCCGAGGCGGUGGUGCCGGAGGUGGCCACCAGAGGCGCCAUUCCCUGGCUCUUGCCGAUGCGAAGAAGGCGGCUGAAAUUGCCCAGCAGAAGCGCACAACGUCGGGUUUCCAGUUCCCUGGUCCCGGCGCCUCUGGCGAUGCUACUGAGGGCGGUUCAGCCCCCGCCCCCGCUCCGACCCAACCUGAGGCCCCGAUUGCUCAGGGUACCAGCGCCGGUCGUGGACGCGGAGGACAUGGCCGCAGCCAGAGCAUGGCUGUCAACGGCCGUGGCGGCGGCGGCCUAGGUGGUCGUGGUGGCUUCUCCGGCGAUAACCAGAACGACUUUGGACGUCGGGGCAGCGCCGGCGGCCACGCCCGCACCGGCUCUCGCAACUUUGACGGUAACUGGCGCAACCAGGGCGGCAACCAAGGUCAGGAUCAGGGUGGCUUCCAGCCGGGUCAUCGCAAUCGUGGUUCCAUCAGCCAGCAGUCCAUCUCCGGCAUUGGCGCGUUCCAGUACCCUGGUCAGCCUCAGCUUAUGCAGAUCCCCGGCCAGAUGCUCCCCAUGCAAAUGUACCCCGGUCAGCAGCUCAACCCCAUGCAGAUCCAGCAGCUCCAGGCUCUGCAAGCCCAGAUGAACGGCCAACAGUUUGUUGGUCUUCAGGGCGGCCAACACGGCGGCCAGCUUGGUGGAAACCAGCAGCAGCAGCAGCAGCGAAAGACUCUCUUUACCCCUUACCUUCCCCAGGCUACUCUUCCCGCUCUUCUCGGCGACGGACAGCUCGUGUCUGGUAUUCUUCGCGUGAACAAGAAGAACCGUAGCGAUGCUUACGUCUCUACCCAGGACGGCUUGCUCGAUGCUGAUAUCUUUAUUUGCGGUAGCAAGGAUCGCAACCGUGCCCUUGAGGGUGACUUGGUCGCUGUCGAGCUGCUCGACGUCGACGAGGUCUGGUCGCAGAAGCGCGAGAAGGAAGAGAAGAAGAAGCGCAAGGACAUCACCGAUACCCGCUCCGGAUCCACCAACGGGCAGAACCAGUCGUCCAACAACAAUGACGACAACACUCAGCAGGAGGGUGGCAUCCGUCGCCGCGGCAGUUUGCGUCAGCGUCCUACUCAGAAGAAGAACGACGACGUCGAAGUUGAAGGCCAGAGCCUUCUCCUUGUCGAGGAGGAGGAGAUCAACGAUGAGGCCAAGCCCCUGUAUGCUGGACACAUCGUGGCCGUCAUUGAGCGUGUUGCUGGUCAGAUGUUCUCUGGUACCCUCGGCUUGCUUCGUCCCAGCAGCCAGGCUACCAAGGAGAAGCAGGAGGCCGAGAGAGCCGCCAGAGACGGUGGCAACUCUCGUCACCAGGACAACCGCUCCCAGGAGAAGCCCAAGAUCGUCUGGUUCAAGCCUACCGACAAGCGCGUGCCCCUCAUUGCCAUUCCUACGGAACAGGCUCCCCGCGACUUCGUCGAAAAGCACCAGGACUAUGCGGACCGCAUUUUCGUGGCUUGCAUAAAGCGCUGGCCGAUUACUUCUCUGCAUCCUUUCGGUACCCUUGUCGAGCAGCUCGGCCGUAUGGGCGACCUUAAGGUGGAGACCGACGCCCUGCUCCGCGACAACAACUUCUCCUCCGACGAGUUUUCCGAGGCCGUUCUGCGCAGCGUUGGCCUGCAAGACUGGUCUCUCGCUAAGGAAGAUGAGACGGCUCUCGCUGCCCGUCGUGACUUCCGCGACGAGAAGGUCGUUACGCUCGACCUCGACGGUUCGCCUGAGCUCGCCAACGCCAUCCACAUCAAGACUCAGCCCGAUGGCAAGAUUGACAUCGGCAUUCACAUUCCUGACGUCACUCACUUUGUCAAGCCCAACUCGCUUGUUGACCGUGAGGCCAAGAAGCGCGGCACCGCCGUCCACCUCGUCAAUCGCACGUGCGCCCUGCUUCCUCCCAAGAUCUUUGGUGAGGUCUGCUCUCUGACUCCUGGCGAGGAGCGCCUCGCUGUCAGUGUGCUCUUCCGCGUCAACCCCCACAACGGCUCUGUUGCCGAGGGCGACGCUUGGGUUGGCAAGAGUAUCAUUAAGAGCACUGCUAAGAUCACGAUUGAUGAGAUUGAUGCUGCCCUGAACGGCCAGGCCGACUGGAAGCAUGAGUCUAUUCAGCUCAAGGAUAUCCAAAUCCUCAACGCUGUCGCUCAAAAGUUUACCGAGGCCCGUCUCGGCGCUGGUGGCGAGCCCAUCGCUCCUCUCAGACUCAUGCAGCAGCUUGACGACGAAAACAUCCCCAUCAAGCACAACAUCUUUGACUCGACCCCCGGUACCGAGCUUGUCGAGGAGCUCAUGCACAAGGCCAACACUUUUGUUGCCCAGCGCCUGAUUCAAGCCCUCCCUGAGAAGGCUCUGCUGCGCCGCCAAGGCCCGCCCAACGCUCGCCGCCUGCAGACCUUUUCUGAGCGCAUGAAUGCGAUUGGCUACGAGGUCGAGAUCUCUGGUAGCGGCAGCCUUCACAACAGCCUGUUCAAGGUUGACGAUGCGGAUGUCCGCAAGGGAAUGGAGACUCUUGUUCUGAAGUCCAUGCAGCGCGCCAAGUACUUCAUUGCCGGCAAGACGGCCAAGCAGUUGUGGCCUCACUUUGCUCUUAACCUGCCCCUUUACACUCAUUUCACCAGCCCCACCCGGCGCUACGCUGACAUCAUCGUCCACCGACAACUCGAGGCUGCCCUGUCUGAGGGUAAGAUUGAGUACACGGAGGACCUCGAGAACCUCGUCAAAACAAUUGAGGCUUGCAACACGAAGAAGGACUCGGCUCAGAAUGCCCAGGAGCAGAGCAUCCACAUUGAGUCAUGCCGCAAGAUGGACAAGAAGAGACAGGAGGUCAACGGCGACCUCAUCACGGAGGGUAUUGUCCUCUGUGUCUACGAGUCUGCAUUUGACGUUCUCAUCCCCGAAUGGGGCUUCGAGAAGCGUGUGCACUGCGAUCAGUUGCCUCUCAAGAAGGCCGAGUUCAGAAAGGAGAAGAGAGUGCUUGAACUUUACUGGGAGAAGGGCGUGCCAAGCUCUGCCUACGUACCUGAGGAUGAGCGCCCGAAGGCCGCCGCGUCUGUCAGGAACGCCAACGCCUUGGCCGCUGCCCGUCAAGCUGAAGAGGCUGAUCGUGCCAGGAAGGAGAGAGAAGAGGCUGCUCGCAAGCAGACGGAGACGGGUACCAUCUCCACCGACGACGUCGACGCGCUCUUUGAUGAUGAUGACGACAACGCUUCGGAUGUUACCGAGGCCAUGGCCGGUGCUUCGCUGGCCGAGAGGCCUACGCAGAGCGUUCCCGGCUCGCCGAUCCGAUCCGACGCCAAGCCUCUGCAGCGCACCAGGUCCGACUCGAAGGUGCCUGCACCCGAGGCUCCGGAGACCCGCCUGUCCAACAAGGAGAAGUACCUCAAGCUCUUCAAGCUGCGUGAGGAGGGCGGCGAGUACAUCCAAGACGUCACAGAGAUGACCAGGGUUCCCGUGAUUCUCAAGACGGAUCUUUCCAAGAGCCCACCUUGCUUGACCAUCCGGUCUUUGAACCCCUAUGCUCUGUAA